CUUCUCAGAGAACAAGCAAUUAUCACCGAAAGAACAAAACCAAUAACAAAAAGAUCAUGAGAAAAAAAUUAAAUCGAAUAAAAUUAAGAGACGAUUUCAGCGGCUGCAGCCGAUAUAGUCAAACCUGUGGUGUAGCGAGUUUGCAUACACUGAUUAGAAACAAUGUUUGUCAACAUCGCGGAAAUUGAGCAUCGGCUGAGAACAAAGUCAUGUCCUAAGUACCACAUCGAUCGAAGCGAGAUUUCGAGACACACAAAGGUUUUGUAAGCUCACACGAGUUAAUUAGUCCAUGGAGUUUUACGUGGAGUACCACAGCCCCGAAGGAAACUGGGAAAAUGGAAAAACGAAACUAUCUGUGCCUGCUCUAAAUACCACAACCAUUGAAGAUGUGAAAUAUAUGUUACAAGUGCGUAUUCAGGUGCCGGUGUGCGACCAGCGAUUGUUCUAUCAAGGAAGAGCACUGACAGACGAUCAAAUGACUCUCAGUCGGCUGUAUUUUCGGGAAGGUGACACUUUACACCUGCAAUUCACUGCUGUGGCAGAUAUACAAGGAAUGAUUGAACUUCUGGAUGUACUGAAGAAAUGUGCUCGAGAAAUCGAGGAAAAGCCGGGAAAUAAGCUUCCUGAUCUCAAUGAAGAUUCUCCUGACGUGUGGCAGUUUUAUGACCGGCUCCUUUACACUGUAGAAGAACUUGGUUCAUUUUUCUUGCCAUGGAAAUGUCCACGAACUGUUGCUCAAAGGCAUUUCUUCGUUCAGGAGCGAGGAUUUGACGCAUUCUUGGAAGUGUUUAAAUUUUCCAGGCAGCUUUUCUUGACCGAGCAACAAGAGAGGGACCUAAUUUUGUAAGUAGCUACAAAUCCUGCAAAGCUUCAUUUAGGGCAAACGAGAAUAUACUGGCGUGGCACUGGCAAGGAGAAACGGGUGCUUGCUUAAAGGGCUUAUUCAGGGACAUUGCAGGGUAUGGUUUUUUGGCAUUUUUUCCAGACAAGCAAUAUCAUUUAAUGACCUUUUAUGUAAAACGUUGCCUGAACUGAUUACGAACAAAGCCUCGUUUCAGAAUUGUUUUCUUCGUUAGAAAUUUGAGACCAUAGAUUCGUAAAAUUUGUGGCUUUAAAUAAUGUAAGUUUUGAAGAAUUGAUGUUAUUCAAACCUAUAUCAGAAACAUGACAAGUCGUAAGUCCUAACUCAUCUUCAAGCUUAUGGUGGCUUCUAUGGAAGGUACUGUUGUACAAAGGUUCAGUAGUUUUAUUUUUCUUUGAAUUAAAUGGAGUCAGUGUUCCAAGAUUAACCAGAAAGGUCAAAGGCUAAAGAUGCGGGUGAGGAGUGCAAUAAUUUCGGAUUAUGGAUAGAUGGUUAGUAAAGGUAUUUUGGGAUAUCAAGUUACAUAUCAAUAUUCUUUGAACUUUCUGUCUAAAUUAUGAUCAUCAGUCUUUGUUUACCCACAGAAAUGAAAAUUUGCAAGAAGCAGCCACAACUCAAUUUCCACUCGAAUGCCUCUUUAAUCAGAGACAACUUUUUCUCCAAAUGUGUUGUCUCUGCUCUUUGUGGAAUUUUGGCGAGACAAUUGAAGAUCGCAGGUUUCUUUUGUCAAAGGAUAUUUUCCCCCUAAGUGUUGAUGCUCUUUUACUUCAAACUGUUCCCCUCAAGGAAACUAGCCAUAUUGACAUGUCCAGCUUGGCGGUUAAUGUAAAUGAAACUGCAAUUGGGUGCUUUGCAGGGUGAGUCACAUUCUUAACUUUCUCUUAAGUAUUUAUCUCACAACGGCUCGUCUGAUUGUGUGUCUCUCUUUAUGACUGUCCGUCCCUAUCCGUCCCCCUGUGUUUGUUUUAGCGUAGUUACAAUUAUUUUCAAAUGCUGACCUACAAUUAAUAUAAUGCUCUUCGCUUUGUGUAAUAAUAUAAUGCUCUUGCUCUGACAAAAGGCUAAUGCUCAAAACAUCAGCUUUGAAACUCUUUACAGUGGCCAAGUUAUGUUAUCAACUCCAUUGAUAAUGCUAAAUUACCAAAUUAAUAUGAUGAUACAAUCUCUGUAAGUAAAUACUAUAGUUGAAAUGUCAUUUAAUACUUGGCCUUUAAUUCGUGAUUGAUGCAGAUGUUCAAUAAUUUACAUGGAUUUGCAUGUUAAUAUUGUUCAGCCUGCCACCUUUAGUCGAAUUGCUGAUCAACCACUUUAUAAUCUAACUUAAAUUAAUUUUUUUUUAUAACUCUGAAUUUUAAUCCUUUUUCUAGAUUGGUAGAGUGUGAUUUCAACAUUCAAGAGAAAGUGUCUAAUAUGCCAGCUGUGGUUAACAAGCUACUUUUUAUGAUAGACAGAUAUCAAUCAGAGCCUGCUGGAUAUUCACUGUUUUCAAGUCAGGUUGCUUCCAAUGCAUUGUUUUACUGCACAUUUAAUGUCAAAUCUGCCCAGUCUUUGGUAAAUUGUGGAGCAGUGGAAAAACUGCUUCACAUUACAAAAGCGUUUCUUAAUGAUAAAGAUGGCAAUACACCUUUAAGGUUGGUGAUUUUGACAGAGUAAUGUUGUCACUUACCUUUUUUGUGCAAUUACUUUAUUAAGUUACAGUAAAAAAUGCAUACUAUCAUGAAGGAAUGUAUGUGACUCAUUUUUAGCUGGUGGUGUAUCAGUAACCAUUUCUCCAAAAUUGAUAUUAUAGCAUCAUACCUUCCUUCCUAUUGGUUUUGUAAUAAAUGAAAUAUGUUAUUUGCCCUUCAGGAGCACCUAAUGGGUCUUAGGGAAAUGAAGGUUCAACCUGUGAUGGGUUUUAUGUAUGAAAACUCCUUCACAUUUGUGUAGUGACUUCAUUUCAAUGAACCUGGGAUAGCUUUGCAGGGUGGGUCAAAUAUAUUGUAAAAACUGAAGAUAGUGCAAUUAACUGUACUAUCUUCAGUUUUUACGUACUUGGUGUUAAGAGAUAAAGGUGAUUAAUCCUACUCAUUGACUCACAAGGUUAUUUUUCUGUGAACCAGGUAUUACUGUUGUCUCUCCUUGGCAAGAAUGUGCUCAGCUCCUCUAGUCAAGCUGGAUAUAGAUACUUGUAUGGCUAUACAUGAACUUAUUGAUCUGUUCCUAGACAGUCAUGUUCCUAAUGAAAUCUCAGAAUGGGAGGAGAAAAGUUCUUAUGUGUGGAUGACAAUGGUGCCACUAGUUCAUCUGGCUUUUGCUGGAAGGAUUGAGAAUAACAGGCAAAGAUCUUCAUCAACACAAAAACUUGGAAUCUUCUCCCUAGUGCACAUGUUGUCAAUUGAGGAGAAUCGGCAAUUGGCACUUUCAGAGAAUCUCUUUCCCUACCUGGUUUGCUUGUCUUGGCAUCUACCGUGUGAUGGGAAGGAAAAACUAAGGACAGUUCUCGCAAACAAUGUUUUCACACCUCCUUCUUUGAAAGUUGCAGCCAAAUCUGUGCUCGCUCUCAUGAGAGGUUUAGACAUGGUGUUCAAUUUGUAGAUGGUUAAGUUGCAAACUGACGUGCAGACUUGGAAGGAAACAGAAGAAAAUUGAAAGGAAGUGUUGCUCUCAUCAAAAACAUCUCCCGCUGACACUGUAUAAGUGAAUGAUUCCCAAAGUAGCUUCAAAUCUCUUUUAACAAAAACUCCUGCAGCUGAAGGUCAGCUUGUGGUACAAAAUGUUGUCUUGAUUUUCUCAAGCACCGCAUACAAUGCAUCUGGAACUAAUCAAAUUUGUAGACAGUUAAGUAGCAAACUGAUAAGUAGACUUGUAAGGAAACAGAAGGAAAUUGAAAGAAAGUGUUGCUGUUAUUAAAAUCAUAGUCAUGAUGACCAAUUACGCUGAAUGAAAGUUAAUGGAAAUUUUUAGGUAAAAACAAGUAAACUGCCCGAAGUGUGGACAAACACGGUAAUGCUAGGUCAUGAUUGGUUUUAAUUUUGCUUCUGAUUGGUGGAGGGGGCAAGGAGACUUCGGGAGACCAAUCACAAAGAGAAGUAAAGCAAUAACCGAUGUAGUCCUUUUCUAAACUUAAUUGUAUACUCGAAUUCUCAAGCCAGAGUUUUCGUUCGACAAUAUUCCUUGUAAAAGGCACCGUAGGGGGUGGUGUAAAUAAGCGGAUAAGCGAUAAUGCGCGUUUUGUUCUCCCCACAUCUGUAAUGAUUUUCAAAUUGAGAAUAAAGCGCACAGGAAAUCAGUCGAGAAACCUCUGCAUUACACGGAAUUUUGUUUCACACAUUAUAGUACAAAAACCAUUUCUCGAUUCGCUCUGUUGUUCCACAGUGCAAUAUACACAUAUGUAAAAUUUUAUUCACUCGAAUGUUGAGUAAAUUUGAACGAG